ACCACAACCAAAAAAUUUCUCUCACUCACUAUCUCUCUCAUCACUCUUUCUCUCUCUAGACUACUAUGGAGUUCAAAGGCAAGGCUCCGACGCUGCCGAGAAUCACAGUUCCGGCGCCAUUCUCAUCGUCGCACUCUCCGCCGUCGUCAUCGUCUCCGACACCAAACUCCUCUCAAUUGUCGUCUCCAACGACCACCUUCCCAUCGCCGCCGAACUCUUACCAGUCCUCUCCGACCAGCGCCGUGACUCCCGUUCCUCUUCCCCCGCCGCCGCCGCCGCCACCGGUGGUGCUCAGCCCCUGCGCCGCCUGCAAGAUCCUCCGCCGCCGCUGCGUCGAUAAGUGCGUCUUGGCGCCGUAUUUCCCGCCCACGGAGCCUCUCAAGUUCACCAUUGCCCACAGAGUCUUCGGCGCUAGCAACAUCAUCAAGUUCUUGCAGGAAAUUCCAGAGUCUCAGAGAGCAGAUGCGGUUAGCAGCAUGGUAUAUGAAGCAAAUGCGAGGAUCCGAGACCCAGUUUACGGGUGCGCGGGGGCGAUUUGUCAGCUGCAGAAACAAGUAAGUGAGCUCCAAGCGCAACUGGCCAAGGCUCAGGCGGAGCUGGUGAACAUGCAAUGCCAACAAGCCAAUCUAAUAGCCCUAAUUUGCAUGGACAUGACACAACUCCAAGAACCGAAUUCGCAGCAACAGCCGUACGGAGACACGAGCUGUUUCUUAGACGACAACACUUUGGGCACGACAUGGGAGCCUCUCUGGACUUGAUCAUCAACACUUUUACUAGUACUAUACUAUAUAAUACUAGUUCUUAGAGGACAAUAAUUAAUAUCGUUAAUUAAAUAUAUAUCUUAACCUCUAAUUGCUGAAAUAUAUAUGGAUGGUCAAAGAAGAAGAUACUUAAUUUCGAAAAUAUCUAAUAAAGUGAUUUUGUUACAUAGUAUGGUAGUCCAAGGGGUUGAUCGUCAUCAUGAUGUUUGGUAACGAGAGGUGAACUUUGAAGGAUGGUUUCAUCAUGGUCAACUUAACGAGUAUUAAUUUGUUUAAUUACUUUUGUAAGUUGUAGGAGGAAAAAUGUAUAAAAAUAUAUAUGG